GCCUGUGUUCCCGAGGUUUGUUUUUAGAGGCAGCCCUGGGCUCAGCUGGCAUCGGACACUUGCCUGGAUCGCUGCCGUUUCCCGAUUUAACUCGGGGCUCUCCUGCUGCAGCAGCGAGGCAGCUCCAGCUCACAGCCACUGCAGGGGAGCCCCUCCUCAGGAAGACAGUUCAGAAAGGAAAGCUCAUGGAUUUCACAAGCACUGUCAUCAUCCCGCUGCUUUUUGGCAGCCUGGGGAUCUUCGCGCUGUUCCGGCUGCUGCAGUGGAUGCGGAUGCGAGCCUACCUGCAGGAAGCUGUGGUGGUGAUCACAGGGGCCACCUCUGGCCUGGGGAAAGAAUGUGCCAAAGCUUUCCAUGCAGCUGGCUCCAAGCUGGUGCUCUGUGGCAGAGACAGUGAGAAGCUGAAGGAGCUGGUGCAGGAGCUCUGUGCUGUGAAGAAUCACCGCAAGAACACACACGAACCUCACACUGUGGUGUUUGACCUCUCGGACACCAAAGCUGUGGUAAAUGCUGCUGAGGAGAUCCUGAAGGCUUUGGGUCACGUGGACAUCCUGAUCAACAACGCUGGCAUCAGCUUCCGAGGCACAAUCGUGGACACAGGGCUGCACGUGGAUAAGAAAGUGAUGGAAACAAAUUACUUUGGACCUGUAGCCCUCACCAAAGCACUUCUCCCCUCCAUGAUCAAGAGGAGACAAGGCCACAUUGUGGCUAUCAGCAGCGUGCAAGGCAAAAUAAGCAUUCCUUUCAGAUCUGCAUAUGCUGCCUCUAAGCACGCUACCCAGGCCUUCUUUGACUGUCUGCGAGCAGAGGUGGAGCAGUAUGACAUUGAAGUGACAGUGGUGAGCCCUGGGUACAUCCAGACAAACCUGUCCCUCAACGCUGUCACAGCGGAUGGAUCUCGCUAUGGAGUUAUGGACAAGACCACGGCCGAGGGACAGACGGCGGCUGAGGUGGCUCAGGUGGUUCUCAAUGCAGUGGGACAGAAGAAGAAGGAAGUGCUUGUGGCUGGCCUGACCCCCUGCCUGGCUGUCUACCUGAGGAACCUCUGCCCCAGGCUCUUCUUCACCUUAAUGGCAUCCAGAGCAAAAAAGGAGAGAAAAGCAAAGGGCUCUUAGAGCUCAGCUGCCCUGAGCAGGGAGAGGCUGAGCCCCUGCAGUCAGCUGGGACAUCACUGGAGGUGCUUCUGCAGGAAAAUCCUUUCUCAAAAAGCUGUUUACCAUUGCAUGGAGACUGGGAACUGGUUUCCCCUACACUGCUGGAAGAGGAACCUCAGCUGGAGAAGGAAGGGUGCUUGGACAAUGGGGGAGAGCUGAGGCUGCAGGGGAGGGGUCAGGGGAACACUGCAGCUGGGGACGCCCCUGCCUGGGAGACUCCUCACCUCACUGCAGGCACACUCAGCUUUACUGGCCUGCUACAAAUAAAACCCACCUGUUCUGCCCUCACACGAGCAGACCUUGGCUGUCCCCACCCCUGUGAAAUACAGUCCUCAGCUGGGAGCUCUGGUGAUCAGUGUCUCAUUCCCUCUCCUUCCAGUCUGAUCCAGGACAUGCUGCUUGCAGUGGGAAACUUCACAGCUUCUUCCUGUUAACGUGCCAAGUCAUCUGAUAAAUUAAGCUCAAUCCAGUGCCACUUUUAAAGAAGUAACUGAUGUACAAUUUGGGUGUAUUUGGCAUCAUUUUACCUGUCUGAAUCAUGCCCUACUGAUGUACUGGGACAGUUAAUUCUGCAGUGACAGCGCUCUGUGAAUCCCAGCCCAAGGAAUGCAGGGAAGCACUGAACAGGUAGAACAGCACAGCAAGGCAGCUGCUGCCAGGACACACUGCACAGGUGACAGCAGCACACCUGGGCCACCUGCAGCUCAGAGCAGGUGUGACCCUCUGGAUGCCAGGCACUCUCUGGUACUAGAGAAGAAUCCAUGUGUGUAAAGUGCAGAGUGUGGCAGACAGACCCUUUGUUCUCAUCUGCUUUAAAGCAAUCACAGAUGCUAAUUAGGAUCACAUCCAGUGGGGAAUGAUACCUGCCUGUUCAGGUAUCUCCUCAGGGAGCCUGACAGCCUGAAAGGGUGCCAUGUUCCAUUCCUCACCCCUUCUCCUCAUGUGAGGGAUUACCAGCACCACUAGGAAAAAGGAACUGCUGCACAGAUAUAGGACAGAAAUAAUCUUAAAGUUGAAAUAAACUCUACUAGUAGGAACCAAGGUUCAGACCUUUCCUGCCACCUCCAAGCACUUGCCAGCAUUUUCCAUGUGUCCUGCCUCACAUGUCUUGUCUGGGAGUGCACACCUGAUGACAAAUAAAUUACAUUGCUAUGAAAUUAAUCCCUUGGUCUACUCCAGCUCCUCACAGCACAUAACUUAAGAGGAAGGGAAAAUAGGAGGGUUUUGUUUUUCCUUACAUCCCUGCAAGGUGCUAUUUUAGCAGUAGUAGCUGCAGAACAACAUGCUUUACCCCAGCCCUCUUUAUGGGACCUGUUAGCUUACACAGUGUGAAUCCACACAGAGGAUUAGUCACACAAACUCUGAUAUGGAUGUGCAGGCUCAGCAGGACCUUCUCCUUCCAAAAGCCUUUUCUUAACCACUACAUUUACAAAUGUUCUCUGAGAACCAGGAUGUGUUUAAUGACGACAAUGCUGCUGCUCUGUCAGGACAGCCAUCCUCUGCCACCUUCCCUGUGGCUGAGGCUGCAGCUGUGUCACAGAAACGCCUGGGCUUGGACUGACAAGGUGAAGCUUUCAGGUGUGUAGACACCUUUUUUCCUGUUAAGAUAGGAAAGCAAGGCAUUACCUUCUCUGCCUCUCCACAAGGGGAGUGUUUGUGUUAGUUGUGCUUUUCCUUUUGUGUUUCCCGUGCUCAGAUCCUCAGGAUCUUGAUGAAAUGCAGUGCUCCUGCCAGGCUUGUUCAGCUGCUCCACGUUCUGGUGUUUCAGGUCGUGGCUACCCAGGAAGGACCAAGGGGCUGCUUUGCAUUCCUGUGUUCCCAUCCAGGGCACUGAGGGCGAAACACAUCAGGCCUGAGGGAAAAAAUUAUGUGUGGGGAGUUCCUGUAGUUACUGUGGGAACUUCAGCUCCAAGGCAGAGGUUGCUGAGAGUGCACCCAUUUCCUCUGGAGGUAAAUUCCCUGUCUGUGAUGAGGGGAAUGCUGCACACUCCAGAGCACAUCCACAAUGGGCAGGGUGGGGCAGCAAAGUGUGGGGGCUUCUGAGGGAGGUUUGUCCCCAGCCACUGUUGAUUCCACUGAGCUACUGGCACUGGGGACAGCAGAUACAGCACCACUCCACAUGGCUGAGAAUUUUUGGAAGUUGUUUUACCAUUUCACCCUGCACUAAAAUACCCCUCAAGACUCCUCUCAUUCUCCCAGGUCACCUUGAACAGUUACAGCCCUGACUAACAACCAGAAUGUUAAAAAGCAUUUUAGCUACAUUAUCACUGAGGUUCCUUGGAAAACAAACCCCUCUGCCUCUCCACCUCAGAAUAGAGUAACAGCUGUGUUUUUCAAUCAGACCUACCCAUUGUGACAGCUAAGCUGACUUUUCACCUUUCCUCCUGCAGUAAGAGACCCCAGGAAACUUGGUAAUUUUUAACUCAAGUCUCUGAUGUCAGCCAUGCAUUUAGGGAACCCACCAUAGUGAUCAUUCCAGAGCAGGGGAAGCUUAACACAAAAAGGUACCAGGACCCCAGAGGUUUGGUGCAGGAAAGGAACUAACAGCUCUGAGAAUUAUUCUGCAUUAAGUAAAAAAAAGAUCAGGAACACCUUUGGUGUGGCCAGCACAAAGGUAUUUCAGGGCCUUCUGUAGCAAUAAGCAGUAGUAGCUGUGGCAGAUGUGCCACUGGCUUCAAAUCCAUCCAGCAGGGACUCUGGAAACACAUCAGGGUGGAAGGGCAGCCUGCCCAGCCUGGCCUAACCACUGAAAGAUGAAGUAGCUGCAUUUCUUUGCCUCCUCUCUGCCAAGGCAACUGUACAUUGUUGCUAUAAAUAGAUGCUCUGGAUCCCAGCUUCUUUUAACCUUGGAGGGAGAGAGCUCAGCCACUGUACAAAGGGCUGCUGCCACCCAGAAAUGUCUCACUGCCACUGCAGCUCCUCCAGCCCACUCAGGUACAGCUGCCUGGUGCUCAGGGCUGGGAUCACUCAGCAAACCCAGUUUGCCCAGCACACACAGAAUGGGCUGCAUGUCCUGCUCACAGAAAAACUGCCCCAGCAGAGAAGCACAAGUCAGAACCGUGGUCAGAACAGCCCAUGGAGACGAGGACAGGGGAGUCCUUGGUGCCUGCUGUGGCAAUUUGGAGAGAUAAAGAUAGAAAGGCAGAAUUUGGGGUCUGACCCCUGUCAAGGUCAGUGUUUGAGCUGUGAAGGUCAGGCUGCAGCUCCCACUGGAGCAGGGAGCACACAGUGCACGGGAAGCUCUCACUGCAGGCCUUUGCUCUCCUAUUCCAAAUGUAACACCUGGAGCUGUGCCAAGCUGGCCCUGCCAAUGCCAGCCACACCUAUUCCCCAUGUGGUGGGAGGAGAUUACAGACAGCAAGCCCCUAUCUUUUAAAAAUAACUGGCAGAUCUCACAGAGAGUAAAUGCUUCCCACUCUAAGAACAAGAUUUUGAGUUUAGAGCUAAAAAAUGGAUUAAUGCACAGGACUGGAUUCUAAAAUUUCAGGUAACAGUUACAAGACACUGUUACAUAGAUGCCUUGCAGCAGGAGCAAGCAGUUCCUGUGUUCCAGGAAAAAACAGUGGAAUUGUGUGGUCAGGGCACAGCACAAAGGUAGGACAGGUGGACUCCCACCUUAGGAAGAACAAGAACUGAGCAGAAUUUGUUUGUACCUGGACACUUAAAGUGAUAUCACUUUGAUAACAGUGACAAGAGAGCGAGAGCAUUUGAAAUUCUCAUCCUUUAAUGGUCAAUGAUAACUUCUGGCUGGUUCUGUGUAAUACAAUUAAACAAUAUACUUAAAUGUUUCCCAAAAAAAAAAAAAAGAAAAAAAAAAAAAAAGAAAAAAAAAAAAAGAAA